AGAUCAACUUGCAAGCUAUGCUCGAUUAUACCAGAAAAAGUUCAUCUUGGGAUAUUGUUCGACGUACAUAUUCAUGCAGACAUUCAUGAUACCAGGCACAGUUUUCAUGUCCUUACUGGCCGGAGCUCUGUUUGGAGUCGUGAGAGGCCUUUUCUUGGUCGUUUUUAACGCUACUGCUGGUGCAUCGUCUUGCUAUUUUCUGUCUAAGCUAAUUGGGAGGCCUGUUGUUAACUGGAUUUGGCCCGAGAAGCUGAGAUACUUUCAGGCAGAG